GCAGAGCAAAGUUCCAUCACUUCACUUCAGCGGUUCAGCAGAGCAGUUCAGCAGAGAAGGUUCACUCAUGGCUUACUCUACAGGAGUUAAUUAUUUGCUACCAGAACUGAACAUGUUCAGAAUGGUGCAGUAUGGUUUAAGAAACAUAUCAACAGAUAUACAGUACAUCAAGGAGAUGAUCUCUCAGCAAGGGCGAGAGCACCAGAGAAGGUGUGAGAGGGUUCAGGUUCGCACAAGUUACGGGGAGCAUCUGCUUGAACCUGGGAGGAUGUACAGACUGAAGGAGAGGAGACACUGUGGAACAGAAACGGCUUUUUGGAAGGAACAGAUGAUUGAAGCUGUUGAAAGGGUGGAGGAGCAGCUAGCAGAAACACAAAAAAAGCUCAUGCAAAAGGAAUGCAUCCAGAGGCUCAGGGACCAAAAGCAGAAGCUGCAGGAAGAGCUUAAAGAGGAACGCAGAAAGGUGGAGAGUAGGGACAUUGGGAUGAAACAGUUGACAAACUAUAUUGUGAGAAUGGAAGCAGAAGUCCAGUGCACGUGGGCCGAGGCAAAUGAGUGCAUCCAGAAACUCAGGGAGGACAGACGGAAGCUGAAGGAUGAGCUGGCGUAUAAGGAUAAAGAGCUAGAGAUGACCAGAGAGAAGCUGAUGAAAGAACGGGUGGAGGUAGAGACCAUGAGGAAGAUAUUGGAUGAGCUCCGCUCCAAAACUCAGGAAGAAACUGACCAGUGUAGGGAUAGGACGAAGCAGAUGGGGCUGGAGCAGGAAUAUAAAAUGCAGAAGGUGGAGGAGCAGGAAAAUGAAAUGCAGACAUGGGAGGAGCUUGAGCAGGAAUAUAAAAUGCCGACGUUGGAGGAAGAGGAGCAGGAAUAUGCAAUGCAGAAGUUGGAGGAGCUGGAGCAGGAGCUGAAGCAGGAAUAUGCAAGGCAGAAGGCGGAGGAGUUGGAGAAGGAAUUUAAAAUGCCGACGUUGGAGGAAGAGGAGCAGGAAUAUGCAAUGCAGAAGUUGGAGGAGCUGGAGCAGGAGCUGAAGCAGGAAUAUGCAAGGCAGAAGGCGGAGGAGCUGGAGAAGGAAUUUAAAAUGCCGACGUUGGAGGAAGAGGAGCAGGAAUAUGCAAUGCAGAAGUUGGAGGAGCUGGAGCAGGAGCUGAAGCGGGAAUAUGCAAGGCAGAAGGCGGAGGAGCUGGAGCAGGAAUUUAAAAUGCCGACGUUGGAGGAACUGGAGCAGGAGCUGAAGCAGGAAAAUGAAAUACUGAGAGGUCCGCCAGAGAGACAGAAGAAGAUGGAGACCAUUAAGGAUGAGAAUGAUAAGAGCACAAAGAAGAGAAGUUUCUGGAAAAGGCUGAGUAAGAUGUUCAAAAGAUUGGGAGGAGGUGGGUGCGAGACACGGAGGUAGAGAGGAAGUGACGGGAGGAGCGCGGGAGGAGUAAGGACGUGGAUCAAGCUCCCAAAAUUAGGUUAUAUACAUAGCUCCCACUUACAGAGUUGAGCUGUUAUAAUCGAAACUUAGAGCGAGGAUGACGCCCGCUCCCUCGCCCCAACGCGCGCGACCGCAGCGACGACGCCUUCGCCCACACCCCCACUCCCAUUCCCCAUCCCAAAAAAAUUACGGAGGAGGAGAUAAAUCCUCAUUGCGAAUCAGGACAAAGUCAGAGAAUGUAUAGAAUUACAAUAAAUUCUUUUUGAAUCAAAA